GUUAAGCAUUAGUCAAAAUAUUUCAUACAUUUUAACUUAUUAAAUAGAAUCAUUAGGUGUGCACAUGCUUUUAGAGAACAAUGACAAAGUACAUCUGGUCUUUCUUCCUCAUCCUUUUUUUAAAACUUUACUUAUUUAGUUGGCAUUUGGUCGCUGAAUUCUCACCGGUGAUACAAACUACCAAAGGACCGGUUAAGGGUCUCGUUUUUACGACCAUCAGAGAAUCCAAGAAAUAUCAUUCCUACAGAGGUAUCCCUUAUGGCAAAUCACCAGUUGGCCAUCUUCGAUUUAGAGCACCUGUCGAGGUAGAUCCAUGGUCCAAAGUGUUCGAUGCUACAAAGGAUGGUCCUAAUUGUCCACAAAUAUAUAAUGAAACAUUUAUCGGCCAAGAGGAUUGUCUGAAUCUCAAUGUCUACACUCCGCAGCUUCCUAAAGAUGAAAAUGACAGUAAUCUCAAAGCUGUUAUGUAUUGGAUUUUUGCGGGUGCCCUCGUUGAUGGAACACCUUCGAAAUUGUAUCACUCUCCUGAUUAUCUUAUCGAAGAGGAUAUCGUAGUCGUCGUUGUUAAUUACCGAUUGGGUGCCCUUGGAUUUUUAGCGCUGCAACAUCAAAAUGCAACUGGUAACGCUGGUCUGAAAGAUCAAAACCUUGGUCUGAGAUGGGUUCGCGACAACAUAGCAAAAUUUGGUGGUGAUCCAAACAAGGUGACGAUAGCUGGCGAAAGUUCUGGUAGCCUGAGUGUAGGUUAUCACAUACUUUCAGAGAAAUCGAAAGGUCUGUUCCGUAGUUCAAUUGCGAUGAGUGGGGUACCAUUAUGGUCCAGUGCAUUCAGUACACCAGAACAUACAACACAAAGAGCUUACGAAUUUGCUAAGAAACUUGGAUCCACGGCUACUAACGUUGACGAGUUACUUGAAUUUUAUUAUCAAGUCGAUGUAAAAAAUUUAACUAAAACGAUUGCAAACACAAUACAAAUAGAUAUUCCGUUGAGGCCAACUCUGGAGAAUCCAAAUUACGGUCCAGAUUGGUUCAUAACUGAAUGCUCAUUAAAGAAAUACUAUUCUGGAAAUUAUAAUCAUGGACCUCAUAUGUUAGGCUAUACCAAAGACGAAAUUAUUACAUUCCUAAAAACAAAAAAAGAUAUUUAUAAAAAUAUGAAACUUUCAUGGCAAUACGCUUUUGAACUUGGAGUUACAAAACUCGACAUGCCAAAUAUAGAGUAUGGUAUAACGAAUGCCACUUUACAUCAAAUCAUAAAGACUAUUUCGGAAGUUCUCUUUAUAUCUCCUAUAGAUUACACACAAAAAUUAAUGUCAAAAUUCGACGAUCCUAUUUAUUAUUAUCGAUAUAAUUUCGUUUAUGACAAACCGCUACACAAAGUCGUAUUAGGCUCUAACUUGAUCGGUGCGGGACACGGUGACGAUAUUGAAAUGAUAUUUUAUUCAGAUUUAUUCCAAGUAAAUCCCAAGGCAAACAACAGGAUGACGCUGCUACAACGAAGGAUGACUCGUUUGUGGACGAAUUUUAUUAAAUACGGAAAUCCAACUCCGAAUGGUACCAACGAUGCUUUACUGAACGUUGUAUGGCCAGAUUCAAAAAAAUCUGGUGAAAUGUUGUGGUUGAACAAUGAUUUGAGCGUACAUAAUCGGUACAAGACUUUGAUUAUGAAUGUAGUUGAAAGUAACUUGAAAUUUUUCGGCGGUAUUAUUAACGGGUGUAAUAUAAAGUGGAAUAAAAUCUAAAUAACGUACAACGUUAACUAUGAAUUAUUGUUAACUCUAUAUAUAUGUUAAAUAAUAAUUUUGGUAAAUCGUUCAUUUCAUUCAUAUUGUAAUUUUAUUGUGAUAUAUUUAAUAUUGUAACAAUCUAUCAUUAAAUCAUCCUACAGUCGAACUACUUCUAACGUUGAAGAAUAAAUUUAUCGAUUGAUGCAAGAUCCAGGUAAAUAAAUAAAAAGAAAUAUUAAAAA